AUGCAAUUUGAACAAGAAAAUGACUCUCCUGUUUCUCUCUCUUCCUCUUCUCUAAAUACAUUGUCGUCACCCGGAAUUCGAAUAACUCGCAAAGUAAUCGACAACCAUCUCAUACAUGCCCUCAAUCAGCCGGGAAAUCGUAUAGUCCAAGCAUUACCAUUUAUCUAUUAUGUGAAUAAUCUUAUCAUACUCUUGCGUGAAGCAGGAUUCGCUUUUGUGAUUCAACAACAACGAUCCCGAAAUGCAUCACAUUUUAAAAUUAUUGAUCUCAUUGAUGACUCAAAAAGAGUAAUAGAUUUGGAAUAA